GCAUGUAACAAAAUAGCUAGGAGAUGAGCUUCAUCAAGUUCUGCCAUAUGUGUUCUUCAUCAUCAUAAUAAGUAAUAACAUGUAAAAUUUGCAUUAUUCAUACCUGUAUUCCAGUAAUCGACAAUGGACAGAGUUCUUCAGAGGGUGACGGGGUCCAAGGAGCUUCUGCUGAAGCCCUCCCCCGAAGCUGCCAGUGUCUCAGCCGCCAUUAAGACAGGCACUGUCCGUUUCACAGUCAGGACGGCAGAAGAGGUCCGGAGGAAUGCGGUGGCCCACGUCGUGUCGGAGGGAGCCGACCCCGGGAACACCAUGCUGGUACUCGCCCAGAGUACCAUGCAGUUCGGUAAGUACCGGGGUCAAACCUUCCGGUGGCUCCUGGGCAACGACGUGGGCUACGCCGUGUCUCUGGUGGCCAGUCACCAGAGGGAGCGGGAGGGAGACAGCUCCACGUCACCCCUCAUGGCCAACAAGGAUGCACUUACCAGCUACACCUGUGCUUUGCCUGACUUUGCCUCGGCUGUCAGGGACCGGAGAGCACAGGACGUAGCCCGGCUGCGCUCCUCCCAGCCUGGUCAGGAGGACCUGCGCCUUGUGGCCUUCGGAGUGCUCAAGGACGUCACCUGGAGGGACCUGUACGAGGCUAUGGACAAGGAGAGGAGAGGGUACGUCAAAUGGAUCCGACGGCAGACACCCCGACCUGGAACGCAGAUGGAGGCGCUCCAGAAAUACUUUCUGCGGCGAGACCAGGAGGCCCAGCCGCAGGCCCAGGCCCAGACCCUGACCCUGACCCUUCUCGCACGACCUGGGACCUCAGCGCCAUCCCCGACUCCUGUGCUCUCGUCGCCGCCACCACUGAGUGCCCGCCAUCUGCGUUCGGACACGCUGGAGGUCGGGCCUCCUGCACCUUCAGCUCGAGGAAAGUAUAAUGCUUAAUUUGCUGUACACCAAGACCGGGCAGCUCACGAAGGAAGACGUGACGCUGCCGGUCUACCGCUGCGCGCACGGGUCCACUUCCUUGGAGUCUUUCCAUCUUCACCUCAACCGCUUCAUCCCAGGUAUCCCAGGACCAACAACAAGCAAAGUGUAUCGUGUCCUUUUGGCGGUCGUGUCGUGGGAGCCCAUUCGGAGUGUGUUUUCAUUACCAGAGUGUCCAUUUUUCUUGUGUUUUUCAGGUACCAGUGCAAGCGCCAUGCACUUUCAGGCGUACCUGCUGGAGGGGCUGGUGAGGUGG